ACAUGAUUAACACCCGUAUAAGAUAGUUCGAGAAGUACAGAUGACAGCGCCGCUUGCGCUACUCACAGUCAACCUAGAUGAGUCUUACCAGUCGACCGCCAACCCUGCGCAUUCAUGCACCAACGCCUACAACGGUCUCGUACACAGUCUCCACUCGACCGUACCCAGAUACUUUCCCCCUGCUCCUCCUGCACCACACCAAGCUUCUCAUACGCAUUAUCUGUGGGCUCCUAAUCUCGGUCCUCCUCUUUGCGAAAUGGCGCCUCACCUUUCCGCUCCCAGAGGCGCAACAAAGUGAUAUCGAGAGCUUGGUACUCAGCGGAGCUAUAGGCACUUUUGCAUUCAAGAUAGCGCAAGCAAUAGAUUGGCGAGUGUUAGGACCAGCUUGCUUAGCUGUGGGAAUGGGUGUCCUGACGCGGGGUUAUACUGAAGAAUCAUUACUGGUUUUGCGUGGAUUGGGUAUUCAGACCUCCAGCUCGUCCGCGACUUACCUGUCAUCCUCAGUGACCCGUUUUAUACCCACUACAAGUAUCCAAGACAUCUUCAUACAUGAGGCAUUCAAGGGAUUCCAGGUCAGGUUCUAUCUUGCCGUAGUUGUAAGUGGGGAGGAGGACGUGGUCGUCGUAUUUCCGAAAUUACUCCCCCGAAGACAAAUUCUAGAGGAAGUAUGGAGAGGCACACGAAAAUGCUUACACGAGCCACCCGCCGACAAGUAGCUUAGAACAUAUCAUGACUUUCGAGCAUGCCACUGGACUGUUGCUAUGCC